CUUCCUCCUCCUCUUCGAGUCCGGGCUUCGCCGGUCCCUCCCCGACAGGCGCCAAAUGGCUCCCCCAUGACCCUCCCCUCUCCCCGGGGCGGGGGCCUGCAGCGCCGCCUCCCGCCGCGGCCGGGGGAGAACCUGUGGCCAUCCCGCCCGGCCCCGCAGGUGGAGGCGCACCCCGGGAGGGCGGGCCCGCUCGGGGCCGUAGUGGGUCGGGCGGACUCUUGACGCGCGUCCAGCCCCUGUCGGGCCUGGGAAGGCGCGCGUCCCGCCCUGACCGGCCGGCCUCUCCCACCCCAGCAGUGACGCGCCGACUCAGAGCUGGAGCCCGCGCAGCGCCCCGCAGGGCGAUGGACGGCCAAUCUGCCCGCGCGCACGACGCCCCCUCGGUGCCCACGCCGCUCGCCGCCGCACCAGGGAGAAAACCAAAAGCCAGGGCACCGCUUCCUCCUUGUGAGACCAAAUGUGUUGACGUCUCUUCAGCUGAUGGAUCUGCAAAGCCCACCAUGGAACAGAAGGAAAACAGGACUGAUAAAGACAUUGAACUCUCCGUGGUUCUGCCUGGGGAUAUUAUCAAAUCGACUACAGUCCACGGAAGUAAACCUAUGAUGGACUUGCUGAUAUUUCUCUGUGCACAGUAUCACUUAAAUCCUUCCAGCUACACAAUCGAUCUGCUGUCGGCUGACCAGAAUCACAUUAAAUUUAAGCCAAACACACCAAUAGGAAUAUUGGAAGUAGAGAAGGUCAUUUUAAAGCCAAAAAAUUUGGAUAAGAAGAAGCCCACACCUCUAAUACCAGAGAAAACUGUGAGGGUAGUGAUCAACUUUAAGAAAACACAGAAGACCAUAGUGAGAGUUGGCCCCCACACACCACUUCAAGAACUUCUUCCUAUCAUAUGUGACAAAUGUGAGUUUGAUCCACUGCAUACUCUGUUGUUGAAAGACCAUCAAUCUCAGGAGCCCCUGGACCUGACAAAAUCUCUUAAUGACCUGGGACUAAGAGAAUUAUAUGCCAUGGAUGUCAGCAGAGCUACUUCUGUUUCUGCCUUCAGUAAGUCAUCUUUACAAGAAUCCUGUCAAAUACCGCAAAACUUAGACAUCAUGAAGGAAAAAGAAAACAAAGGGUUUUUCAGCUUUUUUCAGCGCAGUAAGAAAAAGAGGGAACAAACUGCCAGUGCUCCGGCCACACCACUCAUAAAUAAGCACCGCCCAUCUUUUACGAGGUCCAAUACCAUUUCUAAACCCUAUGUUUCAAACACCCUGCCAUCUGAUGCACCCAAGAAGAGACGGGCUCCACUGCCUCCCAUGCCAACCUCCCAGAGUGCACCCCAGGACCUGGAACAUAUCCAGAACAGGCCAACUUCUUGUGUGAUGAAAUCCACAAGCAUGGAUGAAACAGACAAGAGUCCCCAUGAAGCAGGCAUAGUGAGGACUGGCUCACUGCAGCUCAGCCACACAUCCACAGGGAAUUCCUCUUUGAAAAGGACAAAGCGGAAAGCACCAUCUCCACCCUCCAAACUACCCCUGCAUCACAGUGAUGAAGAUGGCCAUGUGACUGCUCCCAAGUCAGUGGAUGGAGUUCCUCCACACAGUGUUUUCAAAGCAAACUCUCCUGAGCCACUGAACAGCCCAGGUGCCAUUUCUACGGAGUCUCCUUGUUUGGCAGAAGCCUCCCUUGGCAGUGGGCUCCUCAGUCAUGAACACUGUACUCUGCCCAAACUGACAGAUGAAACCUCUCUCUCCGAGGGUCCAGGAACACCUGAGGGAGCGGUGGCAUCUUUAACAUCUGGAAUAAGCUCUGAUUAUAGUCUUGAAGAGAUAGAUGAAAAGGAAGAACUGAACGAAGUGCCUGAGGAUCUGUCUGAAAAUACUUCCCUGAAGUCACUCAGUGUUCCUUUGUCAUCUACUACCACAGUAAAUAUGUUGAAAAAUGAUCUCUACUCAGCCCUUGGCACUGGUAGUGGACAGGCCUCACAAAACGUCAAGAACAAAGCCCAAGAAACUAGAACUACAGAUGGGCAAGGACAACACAAUGCUGCACAUGAUAACAACAACGAAGACCCUGUAGCUGGCCAUAGCCCAAACCAAAAGAUUGAAGAUAAUAUGAUAACCAGAGUGAAAAGAACAGAAGUCAAUGUAGAAGGUGAAGCAAAAAAUACAGGCGUGGACAUAAAGGUUAAUGAUGCUCUAAGUUCCAAGGAAAAUCACCUAGCAGCAACAUCAGUACCAGACCAAGCACUGAGUCAACCUGAUGAAGAGAAGACAAAAAUGCAAGAUGUAGCAAUUCAAACAGCAUCUUCCUGUAACAGUUUGAAUGAGAGUCACCAAGAUCAUAAUUUGUUUGACUUCAAGACUGAUGAAAGUGUGCAAACUUCAAAUGACAAAUCAACUCAACACUCUUUCCCAAGUCUACAAGAUUCUCUGGAUACCUCAAAAGGUUACAGGAGUCAGAGCAUUCUAAUACAUUCAGAAGAUAGACUUUCCAUGAAAAACCCAGUGUGUGUACAAGGGAGGGAUCAUCUUUUGUCUCCUACAGAUGGAAGUGAUAAAAAUGCAACUGCUUCUCACCCAAAGAAUUUUCCACUUUACAGACCGGACUAUAAUCCCAAGCCCAAACCUUCAAAUGAAAUUACAAGAGAAUACAUACCCAAAAUUGGAAUGACUACUUAUAAAAUAGUGCCUCCCAAAUCCCUGGAUAUAUUGAAAGACGGGGAAUCGGAAACUAUAGGAUAUAAAGAUGACCAAAAGGUACAUGCUUUUGGACAAAAGCCCACUUAUGAGAAUGUGAAAGAAACUUACAUGCAAACAGAAGACCUUGUCAUUCCUGAGGGCUCCAAGGAACCCCUGCUAGACCUCAAGCCACAAUCAAGCUUGAGGACAGAGCAUCAGUUGCACAGGGCAGUGAGCUCACCAGAGAGUACCACAAGCAGUCCUCUGAAACCUCCCAGAAUAACCAGAGACAUAUGCACAGCUGCUUUUGCACCAAAUUUGGAAGAUAUAAACAAUAUCUUGGAGUCAAAAUUUAAAUCUCGGGUUUCAAAUCCCCAGGCCAAACCAAGUUCAUUUUUCUUGCAGAUGCAGAAGAGAGUAUCAGGUCAUUAUGUCACAUCUGCAGCUGCUAAGAGUGUCCAUACUGUCCCUACUCCUACCUCCAGCAUCAAAGAGCUAACAAGUAAAGAGAUGGAAAAGGAUGUACCGCCUCCAUCAGAACCGAGGCUUUCUCCCCUGAGUAAAACAAUUCCCUCUGCUCCAGGGCAGCAUUUUACACAAACAGAUGAUGACAUCAUCAGACAGAAGCCUGCAGGUCCCUCUCCACCACCCACAGCUCCCAAACCAGUGUUGCUUCCUGUUGAAACCUCCCCGCCUCCCAUAGCUCCCAAACCUGUGUCUCUUCCUGCUGGUCAGGCAGCAUCACUGAAUCUGAAGACUUUGAAAACUUUCGGUGCCCCACGGCCAUACUCAAGUUCUGCUCCUUCACCCUUUGCCCUGGCUGUAGUGAAAAGGUCACAGUCUUUCAGUAAGACACGCCCUGAGACCUCCAGGGAGAGGAUGUGUGCCCAGUCUCCAACUGACAUAGAAGACAGGAAGAUUUUUGCAAAUAAGGCUACAGACAUUCCACAACCUGAUGGGAGUGAUAAGCAAAAUAACUCUACAUACAGUGAGCCCAACUCUCAAGUAUCAACUCCAACUGACUGCCCUUCGUUCACCCUUAAGAGACAAAGUUCUUUAACAUUCCAAAGCUCUGACCCAGAACAGAUCCGACAAAGCUUGCUGACUGCAAUUCGUUCUGGAGAGGCUGCUGCCAAGCUGAAAAGAGUUACUGUUCCAUCAAAUACAAUAUCUGUGAAUGGAAGGUCACGAUUGAGCCGUUCCCUAUCCUCUGAUGCCCAGGAGAGCCCUUAAAUGUUUCUCUGCCACACUGCACUUUGCCACUUACAUUACAGACCAAUUUCCUACCCACAGAGAAUGUUGACAAAUGUAUAUUCAGAUUUACACUAAUAUAUUAUCUCCUAAAAUAUAAGCAUUUCUGCUGUGGAUUUUAAUGCCAAAAGAAGAGUUACUAGAAUUUAUAAUUUAUAAUGAUGUUUUGGUCCUUAUGUUUUUUCUGGUCUUAAGAGCUAAAGAUGCUGCUGUAGAACUUUGAAAUACAGUGUAAAUGACUUUCAUCUUUUUCAAAUGAGAAUUAGUUAUGCUUUAUUGAUUCUUCCUAUUGACACAAUGUCUAGAAUAGUGCUUGAUACAAAAUGCUUAAAUGAAGAUUUAUAGAGUUGUACAGCACAUAAAUAGGCAGACACAGGUCUGGCAUUUGCUGCCUCAGUGUUAUAGAUUAGUUGCAGAUGUUUGUAAGUUAUAUUAAAGCCUGUUUUGUGCUGAAGAAUGAUUAAGAAAACUAGAAUAUCAAAUAAAUAUAUUCAGCUCAAUUAUUUUCAUUGGUGAGCCAGUUACUGUAUGAGACUUACAUUGCACAUUCUUUUAUUACAAAUGAGUGUCAAAUCUAAAGGAAAAAAUAUUUGAGUACUUUAUUGAUAUAGAACCCUUGAUUUUUUAACCUUUAUACCUUACAUUGUACAAGAAGUUUUAAAUAUUUCUGUAUAUAAUUAUAACAUUGUCACAAAGAUACUACGUGUUUUAUGUGCCAGAAGCCUUAAAAAAAUCUUCCUGUGAACAUGUUGAUAUGACAAUUAUUUUCACAUUGGGUAUGAAGAGACGAAGGAUGUUGAUUUAUGUGUCCAUUUUGAAGAAUUUUAAAGAGUAUUUGAAGUUGCUAAAAUCCUGAUGUUCAUUCAAGUAAAAUGAUAGUCACUAUAUAGUACAGAUGCUAAUAUUCUAAAUAAUAAUACAUACUUACAUGAAAGCUUACAAAAGUAAUAAAAUAGUGCCUAAUUGAUUGGUUUCUAACUGUUCUGGAAUCUAGAGCUUGUUGGUAUCCUGUGCCUACUUCAAGAAUGUUAUUGUUCCUUUAUUCCAGAAGCUUUAUUCAAACAAGCUGACAUUGAGUUGUUGGUCUUCCUUAAAACUAUUGAAAUAUUUGCCUCUUUGAAAAAUGUGCGAAUACUUUUCCUGUUUAAUAAAAGCAAGUUAUAUA